ACAAAACAUGAAAACAAUGAGGAUGAAUCUGUUCAAGAUUAUAAUGAAUCAAUGGAUGAUGAUUCUGUUGACGUUUCUUCCAUCUUAACCAACUCUGAUAUCGAUGGAAUGUAUAAUGAGGAAGACGUUGAAGUUUCAGAUUAUGAAGAAGAUAAAAAGCGCGAUCCGGACUACAAUCCUAUUGAGUUUGAGUGGAAGUACGACAGGCAUUUUCGUCUAAGUGCUGAUCUUGCUGAAGCAUCAAGAAUUGACAUGACUACGGAGAUGUAUGUACAGAACUUAGAUGGAGUGGAUACGUUGAUUUCAUUUCAUGGUGAGAAAAACGGUGGUGGUUUUCGAUAUGAGGCUUUGAAAUGGCGUACUAAAUUUACCAAACCAAAUGGUAUCAAUCCUCCUGCUACAUGCACGUUUGUUUAUUGCCCAGUUCAAAAGAAAUUGAUUUUGAAGAAGGUUGACAAAUAGUUCCUUUCAAACUUUGGAAUU